AUGCAAGCUUUUGUCUUAGCUAAAAACGCUUCUGGAUAUCAACAUCUUUUGGAAGAAAAGCGUUGUUUGACGAUUAGAAAUCCUUCAUUGGGUGAGAAUCGUCAGAAGGUCAAGUACGCUAAAGGUGGUUUGAAGAUUAACCUUAAUAACAACACCUUUGUUGAGGAAUGCCAUGAGGCUAUUGGUUCUGAAUGGGGUUUUGAUUUUACUCCGUUUGAUUCAGUUGUGGAGGAUCCAACAGUUGACAGCAAGUUUUUUAAAAGUCCAAUUGAUGUAAUUGGUUUUGUGGUCAAAAGUUUUCCCUUCGAGAUAGACACGGAAACUAAUAAUGGACAAAACCAGAAGAAAGUCACCUUUAUGCUUGAAGACUUGAACAAUAAGCAGAUCUUUGUGACACUUUGGGACGGUUAUGCGGAUCAAAUAAUGGAGUAUGAGAGCAGCAACCGAGGUGAAAAAAAUGUCGUCGUAAUCAUUCAGUUUGGGAAAUACAGAUUCUGGGGAGGUCAUUUGUCUGUUUCAAAUUUGUAUACUGUCACCCGAGUUUUAAUUAACAGUGAUAUUGAUGAGGUUGCUGACUUUAAACAAAGAUUUAUCGAGAAACUUUCUCCCGAAAUGUCUUCCAGUUAUUCUGGCCUAAGUUCUUCUGUUGCGAAGUCUGCCACUGAAGAGUUCCUUUCUGACCUCACCUUUUUUCCCAUUCGGUCGUUAACCUCAAUAGAUACGACGAUGUUUGUUGUCAUUGUUGGCACUAUCAAGAGUUUUGCAUCGAACAAUGAGUGGUUUUACAACGCGUGCACAAACUGCAACAAAAAGGUUUCAACCGUUACAGUUGUUAAAGAAAAGCAGGAUGGUACUGAUGGUUCUGAAGAGGUUACUGUCUUAGAAUGCAAGACUGAUAUUUGUAAUACAAGGACCGUUACAUCAAUUCCACGAAUUAGGCUUUAUAUACGUGUCCAAGAUUGCACUGGUAUUGUGAGUCUAACAUUGUUUGAGCGUGAGGUGACAAAGCUUUUGAAGGUUAAUGCUAAUCAGCUUUUAGACAACAACAUUGAAUUAGCAAACGAAGGAAGCUUUCCAAAGGAGCUAAAUUCAUUACUCAAUAUGAAGUUUGCCUUCAAGAUUGCUGUUUCUUCUUUUAACAUCAGCAAGAAGUCUGAUGGAUACUCAGUCUCCAAGAUGACUGAUAACCCGGUUGUUUUGUCCGAGCUGGAUAAACAUUUCGACACUAUUCAGCCUAUUGAUGAGGAAGCCGUCAAUGUCGAACCAUCCGAUUCAAAUCGUAAUGAUGAUUUGCCUGUUAAGGAUUCUAUAUCCCAAACUGGAGACGAUGUAACCCCUUGCUCAAAUGUGUUUAAAGUUGGCUUUACAACAUCGUUGGAUCAGAAGGAUGGUGACAUUGAUACGAGCAGCGAGCGUGACUUGAAGCGCAAUUUGGAAACCGUGUAUGACGUGGAUGAUGUAUCUUCGCAGUCUUCUUCGAAGUCGCGUAAAGAUGGUGGUGUGGAUGCAGUUCUUCUAAUUCCAAAGAAAGAAAAGUAG